AUGUCAACCAAAAUUACCUACCGAGGCGAAAACGACCAAGAGUUCUUUGUGAUUGCCAACAAGGGCAUGGCUUCCAAGUGGCGCAAGGACAAGACGAUUCCUCUUGUCGACGUUGUCCAAUCAUUUGACGUGAUGACAACGUCCACCGGAAGCGAAACGGGUGAGUUCGUACGACCUUCCAAGGGUACUCUCGAGAGCUCAUUUCAGACCAAGAACGUGGACAAGGUUGUCGAGCAGAUUGUCGAGCAUGGAGACGAAAAGAAUAUGUAA